GGCUUAAACGAAUUUGUGCUGUUCAACUAAAUAAGUUUUCGAGAAGGCCAAAAAGCCAAAUAAACAAAUUGGAUUACCACACACACAAUAAACCCGAAUUCUGAUGCUAGUUUAUUUGUCUAUGUUGGUGCCACUGCAGCGCCAAUAAAAGUUUACCACUCAACAAAGGCGAAAACACUUAAAUAAAUAUAUAAAUCAACCAACACACAAAAAUAGUGCAAAACGAGACGAAAGACCAAGUAAGCAAACAAUGCGACUGCAGGAAAAUCGCUUGAGAAAACGCAUCGAAAAAGUUGUGGCAGUUUUUUGUGGAAAAUAGAAAUAAAAUCGAAUGAAAUAAAAUAAAAUGGAACAGCACAGUGGUUAGAUAAAACCUCGAUGGGGAGGCAAGCUAGGAUCUCCCAGCCCCGAGUGUAUUAAUUCAAUAAACCUAUUUAUACGAGACUUCGGCUGGGAUUUGGGAAACGGAGCAGAGAAUGCGACAAAGUUUGCCAGCCAAGACGGCGCAGUGCAAUCAGCAGAUCCUGGCUUUGGUCGUAAGGAGCGAGGAGAGCGAGGGGAAAGGAGCCAGAUUCGAUGCCGCAAACGAGUCCCAAUUGGAGGCUGGCGGACAAUGAGCGCACAAAAGGCGCUGUAAGUGUCAUUGCAGCCAGGAACUGGGCCACUGGGACUGCCACGCAGGACUAAAACCAGAAGAAGAGCAGCAGGAGCAGCUGAAGCAGCAGCAUCAGCAGCAGCAGAAGCAGCAACAGAAGGACCAGAAUCAGCAGAACCAGGACCCGGACAGCAACGCUGACAACCGAGAUGACAGUGGCAGGAACAGCAGGACGAACAGGACGAACCAGAAGAGGAGGAGCGACGCGGUGUCGCCGAUUUUUCCAUAUAUCCCGACCGGCAUCUUGGCUGCGCAUCAGCUCCGUCCUUUUCGUCCUGGCACUUGGCUUUGGGAUACAAGUUGUCACCUGCAGCAAUCCGGAACCUCGGGCGAAUCCGGUGAAACUGACACGGACUCCGAGAGCUGCUGAGGGACAGCUUACGACGGCCACAAGAUCCACUUUACCAGAUAGGGCAAUGACAACACAAAACGAUCUAAUUACGACAGCCAGCAACUUGACGACAGCAAAAAAGCCAGCCGCAGCAGCAGCAGCGAAAGCAGCACAAGCAGCUGAAUCAGAAUCAGAAUUACUAGGAACGGAGCCGACUAGCUCGUGGAGCUCCACGGCCGUAGCCCCGAGCACGUCAUCAGCAGAUGUGGCAGCGGCAGGAACGAUAGCAGCCAGCCAGUCAGCACAAAUUGGGCUAACUACUCAGGCCACAACAGAGCAAACAGAGGCACAGACAGCAGCAGCAGCAGAAGCACAAGCCUCAGUGACAGCAAAAGCAGCAGCAACACAAUCCGCAGCAACAACAACAACACAAGCUGCACUAACAACAAAAGCAGCAGCAGCAGUUGCAUCAAGUGAAACCGCAGCAGAAGCGGCGCUCAUAUCAACAAUUUAUCCAGCAUCAACGGAAACGGAUGUGCACAACUCCAUUGAGCGACUGCCAGAGCGAAGUGGAAAGAUGGCGACGGCGAUGCAUCCGGGUGUCGCUGAUUCAUUGACCAAGGGCUUUUCCAUACCGACCUUCCUGCCUCCGUUUCCCGUUUUUGCGGCAGCGGAUUUGCCCGCUUACCGUGCUGCUGCCGAUGCCGCCGAGGCGGCCAAGUUAGCGGCAGAGGCGGCGGCGGCGGAGGCUGCCAGGAAAACAGCGGCAGCCGCAUCCUCCGAAGCGGUGACAAUGUCGCCGGAGGAGCAGCGUCGGCAGAACUUUAAUGAGCAGCACUCCUACUUGGCCGCCCACCGCGAGGCGGCCGAGGGGGCGGGGACGGCGCUGCGACGCAACCUCACGAUGCCCGUGCUAAACAUCACCGCCCAGAUGGGGAACCACGCCUACAUGCCGUGCCAGAUACAUCGACUGUCGGACAAACCUGUUUCGUGGGUGCGCAUGCGCGAUAAUCACAUUAUCAGUGUAGACGAAACCACCUUUAUAGCGGACGAGCGGUUCCAGUCGAUUUUCCAGGAGGACCACGAUUACACCUGGUCGCUGCAGAUCAAAUACGUUGAGCCAGGCGAUGCUGGGUGGUACGAGUGUCAGAUGGCAACGGAGCCCAAGUUGAGUGCCAAGGUGCACCUGCAGAUAGUCAAACCCAAGACUGAGCUGAUUGGGGACCAGAGUCGCUUCGUGAAGGCGGGCAGCAAGGUGGCGCUGCACUGCAUCGUCCGGGGCACCUUGGACCCGCCCAAGUACAUAAUCUGGUUCCGCGGCAAGAAGAAGAUUAGCGAGAGCGACGAGCGGUCUGGCUGGUACACGCAGCUGGAUCGCAAUAUAUUCGGCACCGUGGGCGAUAAUCAGAACACGAUCGGCUCAUUAAUUAUACCGGUCGUGCGGAAGGAGGAUUCCGGCAAUUAUACGUGCCAGCCGUCGAACAGCGUCUCCGUGUCGGUGGACCUGCACGUGCUAAGCGGUGAAUAUUCCGCAUCGGCCAUCAUGUCAACAGCUCCGAGGACGACGGCCGGCGGAAGGAGCACGUUCCUGUCGACGCUCGCUCUCCUGGGAAUCCUUGGACUCCUCUGGGCGGUGCAGGGACACACGAUGCACACACCGCCAUCCCAGACGUGACUCGCCUAUUGAACGAACGCAUGCCCUCCCGGCGUCGUGGCGUCCGACUUCCAAUUAUUUGUAAGCUUUUGCGCCAUCUGCAGUUACGUAAUUUAGGUUAGAGAUUAAUUAAAGGCGGCCUUGUAAAUAGCGAGGAAUGUGUAGGGAGGAGCAGCAGGAUCCCGGCCGAAGCGGACACUGACGGUCCUGUAAUUAGGUUAAACGUUACCAUAACUCUCAUGUCUGCGUGUCUCGUACUGAAUAUUCCCCCAUACCGAAUUCAAUCUAAUGUACAAUUCAAUUUAAAGAGACCCCCAUUUCGAGUUGUGAAAUCGAAUCAAUAAUUAGAUUAUUGUCAGAGAAAUAUUAUUAAAAGAAAAUAAUAAAACUGAAUCAUAAAAA